CGUCUCGAUCUCUGGUACUGGGACGCUGGGGACCUGCUCGAUAAUAUGAUAUAUUAACUGCAUGGUGAUCUCCUGUCUGGACGGUCCUUGGAGGCUCUGCUGAAUAACACCUCCAAUCGUUGUGCCGACUCUUGAUAGGCCCAUCAUGAAGAGCUUCUCGGUCAUUCAGCUGCUUCUAGCAGCCGCGGCAGCUCCUGUGAGGGCUGCUGCUUCCUGGAAGAACGUCAACAUUGGCGGUGGCGGUGGUUUCGUGCCUGGCUUUGUCUUUCACCCAACGGAAAAGGGCGUUGCCUAUGCUCGUACCGACAUUGGUGGUCUCUACAGACUGAAUGCCGAUGACUCCUGGACUGCCAUUACCGACUCCAUCACUACGGACGCCAAAUGGAACAACUGGGGUAUCGAUGCUGUUGCUCUUGAUCCUCAAGAUCCCAACAAGGUCUAUGCCGCUACCGGCAUGUACACCAACUCAUGGGACAACAAUGGUGCCAUCAUCCGCAGCUCCGACAGAGGUGCCACAUGGUCCACCACCGAACUGCCCUUCAAGGUUGGAGGAAACAUGCCCGGUCGCGGCAUGGGCGAGAGACUUGCUGUUGAUCCCAAGAACUCUAAGAUCAUCUACUUCGGUGCUCGCAGCGGCAACGGCCUCUACAAGAGCACAGACGGCGGUGUCACCUUCUCCAAGGUGUCUUCGUUCACGGCUGUUGGCGACUACAUCGUAGACCCAUCCGAUACCACUGGCCUCAAUAGCGACAAGCAGGGCAUUGCCUUUGUUACAUUCGACUCGACUUCCGCUACCACCAACGGCGCCACGUCCCGCAUCUUUGUUGGCUCCGCCACUAACAGUACCUCUUCCGUCUGGGUUUCCAACGACGCCGGUGCCACUUGGUCCGCCGUCGCUGGUCAGCCCGGCACGUACUUCCCUCACAAGUGCAAGCUCCAGCCCACCGAGAAGGCCCUUUACCUUACCUACAGCGACGGAAUGGGUCCCUACGAUGGCACUGCCGGCGGUGUUUACCGCUACGACAUCACCAACGGUACCUGGAAGAACAUCACUCCCGUUUCUGGCAGCGACCUCAACUAUGGUUUUGGCGGCUUGGGUGUCGACAUGCAGAAGCCCGGUACCCUUGUCGUGGCCAGCUUGAACUCGUGGUGGCCCGAUGCCCAGAUCUUCCGCUCUACCGACUCCGGCACCACCUGGUCUCCCAUCUGGGAGUGGUCUGGCUAUCCCAACCAAAACUUCUACUACGGAUUGACCACCCCCAACGCUCCCUGGAUCGAGGCCGGCUUCAUCUCUCAGGACUCCAAGCGUCUCGGCUGGAUGAUCGAAUCCCUCGAGAUCAAUCCCCUCGACAGCGACCACUGGCUAUACGCCACCGGUCUUACCGUCUACGGCGGCCACGACCUGACCAAGUGGGACACCGUCCACAACGUUUCCAUUUCAUCUUUGGCCGUCGGCAUCGAAGAAAUGGCCGUCCUCGGCCUCGCCUCGGCCCCCGGUGGCUCCGAGCUUCUCGCGGCCGUCGGUGACGACUGCGGCUUCACCUUCAAGACCAGCGCUGACCUCGGCACCUCUCCCAAGACGCCCUGGAUGACGCCCAUGUGGGCCACCUCGACGGACGUCGACUACGCCGGCAACAAGCCCGCCAACGUGGUGCGCAUCGGCAACGGCUCCGGCUCGCAGCAGGUGGCCGUGUCCUCGGACGGCGGCGCCUCGUGGACCAUCCACAACGGCACCGACACCACCAAGAACAGCGGCACGGUCGCCUACUCGGCCGACGCCGACACCAUCGUCUGGUCCUCUGGCAACGCCGGCGUCGUCCGCUCGCAGCACCAGGGUACCUUCACCGCCGUCGCCUCGCUCCCCUCGGGCGCCGUCAUCGCCUCCGACAAGCGGAACAACACCGUCAUCUACGCCGGCUCUACCAACGGCACCUUCUACCGCAGCACCGACAUUGGCGCCACCUUCACGGCCGUCUCUGGCGCUCUGGGAUCCGCCAAGGCCGUCCGCGACAUCGUCGCCCACCCCACCGUCGCCGGCGAACUGUAUGUCAGCACGGACGUGGGCGUCUUCCGCUCGACCAACUUUGGCGUCUCCUUCACCCAGCUCAGCGGAGUCACCAACACGCAGUCCAUCUCCCUCGGCGUUGGCUCCGCUUCGGGCUCGUGGAAUUUGUACGCCUUUGGCACCGGCGCCAGCGGCAACAAGUUGUACGCUAGCGCCGACGCUGGUGCUACCUGGACUGACGUCCAGGGUUCUCAGGGUUUUGGUUCCAUCUCUUCUAACAAGGUGGUCGGUUCCGGAAACGUCGCUGGGCAGGUGUAUGUCGGUACCAACGGCCGCGGUGUCCUCUAUGCGCAGGUUUCUGUCAGCGGUACCGCCCCUGCUACCACUUCGUCAGCUGUGAAGACUACUUCUACUUCGGCUGCUGCCCCUGUGAGCACGACCAGCACGACCAGCAAGGCUACGACCACGUUGGUGACGUCGACUGUUAAGACGACUAGCUCGAUUUCGUCGGUGAAGACUAGAGGUAUCUCGACUACCGCAAAGGCGUCGUCGACGACCAGCAGCACCUCGUCGGCUGCGGCGCCUACCGGCACCAAUCUUGCGCAGCACUGGGGUCAGUGCGGAGGCGUUGGCUGGACGGGCCCGACGGCUUGCGUGGCGCCUUAUACUUGCCAGAAGCAGAAUGAUUACUAUUCGCAGUGCUUGUGAGUGAGUUAGUCGAGGAGGGGGACAAGUCGCGAGGAAUGUUAGUGGAGGGGUGGAUAGGGAGGAGGAAGCGUCGGUGUGAUGUUGUUUUUUUGACUGGCCAACUGAGGCUGACUUCAUUGUAGAUAUCUUUGCACAUCUUUUGUAUAUAACCCACUUCUUGGACAUAACAAUUACAUGUUUUUGAGCUCAUGCA